GAAGAGAGAGAGAGAGAGAGAGAGAGAGACAAUAAUGGCAGGUACAAUAUUAUCAGGGUCUAUAAAUUCCUUCAUAGAGAAAUGGCUGUUACUAUAUCGCCCCUGAAUUCCUUCACACAACGUGUACUCUUUUCGUUCCCUGUAAAACCCAAAUUAUCAAAACCCCCUUUUCGUCUUCUCCUCAGAACAUCUCCAGUAGUAGGAGCUGCUUCAAUGUCUUACCACAAGGAACUCGAUGCUGCCAAGAAAGCAGCUUCUCUUGCCACUCGUCUCUGCCAGAAGGUGCAAAAGGCAUUGUUGCAAGCAGAUGUCCAAUCAAAAUCAGAUAAAAGUCCUGUCACAGUGGCAGAUUAUGGCUCACAAGCGCUAGUUAGCUUUGUGCUGGAGAGAGAACUUCCUUCCGAGUCAUUCUCGUUAGUUGCUGAGGAGGAUUCAGGAGAUCUUCGCAAGGAAGGUGCCCAAGAAACACUAGAACGCAUUACGAAGCUUGUGAAUGAAACUAUUGCCAAUGAUGGAACAUACAAUAUUUCUCCUUUAUCUGCCGAAGAUGUGCUUGCUGCCAUUGACAGUGGCAAAUCAGAAGGGGGUUCUCAUGGUCGACAUUGGGUUUUGGAUCCCAUUGAUGGUACUAAAGGGUUUGUAAGGGGAGACCAAUAUGCAAUAGCAUUAGCAUUGUUAGAUGAAGGGAAAGUAGUUUUGGGUGUCCUUGCUUGUCCAAAUCUUCCUCUAUCAUCCAUUGGUAGCCAUGGACAGCAAUCUUCCGAGGACAAAGUUGGUUGUCUUUUCUCUGCUGAAGUUGGUGCUGGGACCUAUAUGCAGUCUCUAAAUGGCUCUUCACCAAUAAAGGUGCAUGUCAGCACUAAAGAUAACCCUGAAGAAGCGUCAUUCUUUGAAUCAUUUGAAGCAGCACACUCACUGCACGACUUGUCUAGCUCUAUUGCGAAGGUUCAGUAUUCUUGGUCCCUUUUUUCUCUUGGUCUCUUUUUUCUCUCUAUGUGUAUAUAUAGAAAAACACAUAAUGCUAGUUCUUAUGUAGCGAGCUCCUUAUUCUUUAUUCCCAAACAGAAACUCGGUGUCAAAGCACCACCGGUUAGAAUUGACAGCCAGGCAAAGUAUGGUGCUCUUUCCAGAGGAGAUGGAUCCAUAUAUCUGCGUUUUCCUCAUAAAGGAUACCGUGAGAAAAUAUGGGACCAUGCAGCUGGAUCCAUUGUUGUGACAGAAGCGGGGGGUGUGGUCUUGGAUGCUGCGGGGAAUCCUUUGAAUUUUUCCCAGGGAAAAUAUCUUGACUUGGAGACCGGGAUAAUUGUUACCAACCAGAAGUUGAUGCCAUCACUCUUGAAGGCAGUUCGAGAUUCUCUGGAUGAGAAAGCUUCAUCCUUGUGAUUUUUACUCUGCAUUUGAUUCUGUUAUUUGCUUUUCUAAUAUAAAUCCAGACCAUUUGUUCCUCAUUAUUAGAUGCCAACUCUCUCGAUCUCCACGUGCCUAAUGUGCACUUAAACCUUCAUCUUCGUGAUUUUAUUUAAGCACUUGUUAUCCAAUCAUCUUGCUUGCCAGAGUUGGUCCAACUCUUCUGAAAUCUCGACUUUUUUCUUUAUGGGAGAAAUAUGAUUUUGUAAAGCAUUUGUGCGGAUCCAUUUCGAAAAACUAGAGCAGCAUAUUUUCAGUUGUUAAAGUUUAAACUUUCGAGUUUUUGCUUAA